UAAAUUUCGUUGAAUUAGGAAGUAAAUUGUUAAUAUUACAGCUGUUUGCAACAAUUGAUAUAGUUUGCCUCAAUUAAAAAACUGAUAUGAGUGCGACUCCGCCGGAACUACUGCAAAUGGCAGCAGCCGGCAUCAAAGAAGUCUCCAACGGCAAUGAGAAAGAAUACCGAAGUCGUGGCGGCGAUAAGGAACGCUCCAAAUCGAAAGACCGCAGCCGAGACAAGGAUAAAGACAGGGAGCGCGAAAAGAAAAAAAGGGAUCGGGAUCGUGAAAGCAGGGAUCGAGACCGGGAGAGCCGUCGUCGGGAGAGUCGUGACCGAUCACGUUCAAGAAAUCAUGAGGAUUAUGAUGGCCGGCGGAGAAAACGUUCCCGCAGCAAAGAACGCCGACGAGACCGGGACUCCAGGCGCUCCAGACGCAGUGGUUCCAGAGGUGGACGGGACGACUACGAUCGCAGCCGUGAAUCGCGCUCCAGACGCAGCAGCUCUCGAGGUGGACGAGACGAGUACGAUCGCAAUCGGCGUCGCCGCUCGCGUAGUCGGAGCUAUGAGCGCAGACGUCGAGAUAGAAGUCGGGAGCCCCAGCGCAGUACUGAGCGUAGCAGCCGUGAGCGCACACACGUGAAUCCUUUCGAAACUCCUAUGAACUCCAUAAUGAGUCAAGAGCAACGACUACCCUCACUCUUUGAUCGCCAGCCACAACUGGAAACCAUACGCGAAGAGCCACGAGAUUCGCGUUUUGAUUUAUCGCAAACCAUACAAGAGCUCAUGUGCAAUUCGUCGGCAAACAAAAGUUUUGCCUCUCUUUUCAACAGUCAAAACAGCAACGAUUCAACAAGCAAUGGACCGUCGGACAAUUCAAUGGACAGCGCAGCGGAGCGUAAACGCAAGCGCAAGUCACGCUGGGGUGGCACAGAGAACGAUAAGACCUUCAUACCAGGAAUGCCAACUAUUUUGCCUUCUACGUUGGAUCCGGCACAGCAGGAAGCCUAUUUAGUUCAAUUUCAAAUCGAGGAGAUCAGCCGCAAGUUACGUACCGGUGAUUUGGGAAUCACACAGAACCCGGAAGAAAGGUCUCCCUCCCCCGAGCCCAUUUACAGUUCAGAUGGCAAGCGUUUGAACACGCGUGAGUUCCGCUACCGAAAGCGUCUCGAAGAGCAGCGCCAUCAGCUGAUAUUGAAAAUGCAGGCUGUAAAUCCGGAAUUUAAGCCACCGGCCGAUUACAAGCCUCCUGUGACACGGGUCAGCGAUAAAGUGCUCAUACCGCAGGAGCAGUAUCCGGACAUCAACUUCGUGGGAUUGCUGAUCGGGCCACGUGGUAACACGCUAAAAGCUAUGGAAAAGGAGACGGGCGCUAAGAUUAUAAUACGGGGAAAGGGUUCCGUUAAGGAGGGCAAAGUGGGACGUAAGGAUGGACAGCCCUUGCCGGGUGAAGAUGAACCGUUGCAUGCGUUUAUCACAGCGCCUUCGCAGGAGGCGGUAAAGAAGGCAGUAGACAAGAUCAAAGAUGUCAUACGCCAGGGCAUAGAGACACCCGAGGGUCACAACGACUUGCGUCGCAUGCAGCUGCGGGAGCUAGCCCAGCUUAAUGGCACUUUACGGGAGAACGACAUCCAACGCUGCACGUGCGGCUCAACGGAUCACAAGUCCUGGCAGUGCCCCGAAAAACCAAUUAUCACGAAUACCAUCGUCUGCACCUCUUGCGGUGGCGCCGGUCAUUUGACCAAGGACUGCCGCAGCAAGCGCCCAGGAGCUGGCGGACCAGGCAUGGGACCCUGUGAGGACUCACAAGCGAAAAUCGAUGAGGAGUACAUGAGCUUAAUGGCUGAACUGGGCGAAGGCCCACCGCCUAGUGUUCCUAAAGCCGAUGCGCAACCCGCGCCCACUCUGCAUCGUAGCAGCUACAGUAUUUUCGACAAGAAACCCUCGCAAAUGCAGGCCAUACAAUCACCGCCAAGCUCUACUUCGCGAGACCAUCAGCGCGACAUGGGCGGCAGUGGUUGGGGCUCAGCUCCGCCCACAGGCAAUGGCAUGGGCAUGUCUGCAUAUGUGCCCACACCACCGGUGGUUCAAGCGCCGCCACCUAUGCCGCCGCCACUUAUGCCCUGGAUGAGCGCACCGCAGCCGCCACCACCGGCUUCCGAACCCAUGAAUCCGCCGAUUCCGGGCACCAUGUCGCCGCUAAUACCACCACCGCCGGGAACCAGCAACCCUCCCAUGCCACCCUGGAGCAGUGGACCACCGGGUAUGAUGCAUCCGGGUGGCUACGGUGGCUGGGGUGCGGGCUAUCCGCCGCCACCCCCACCUCCAUGCGCACCUCCUCCACCAGCGCUCAGCCUGGCGCAACCGCCUCCUCCACCACCUCCAUCAAAUUAAGUGGGGCUAAAGAUAGUGCUCAACUGAUGAGACUCCUCGCAAUUAAGUGUUUGUAAAAUUAGUGACUUUUUACUCUAGCCUUGCUUGCAUAUUACCUAACCUCAAAGACACACAUACUUUGUAUCUUAUGCUUCAUUUAGUAAACGCUUGACGAGAAUCCA